GCUGGUGUUUUCCGUUUUUUAUGUAAAAUUUUGGUACAUAAAAAACAAAAACUUUGUGAAGAAAGAGAAACUGCGAUGACGUGGCAGAGAUUUUUUUGGCAAUUUUUUUAGUUCUCCAUCUUGCGUUUUUCUCCGACGUGGCGACUGCAUCUCAGCUUGAUUCAAGUUCUUCACAGAGAAAUAGGGAUCAAAGAUCAUCAACAGAGGUCGCAACAAGGUUGGGUUUAUCUGAUUGCCCACCUUUAAAUGAUUCUUAUGGUAAAAGUGGAGGUAAGAACUCAAACCCUAGUUUUGGAAAAUUGAGUUUUAAUGGAGGUGACAAAGAGAUGAAUUGGUCUUCUGUUCUUCUGCCAAAUAAGAUCAGUGAAGAUUGUUCAUUAGAUAAUCAACCUUCUAAUUUGAUUGAAGGCAAGGAGAUGGUCUCAAUCUCUUCUGAAAUUCUAAAAGAAGUAACUAGAGACUGUGAGAAAUUGGUUGUUGGCUACUUCAUUGGAAAAAGACGCUCCUUCUCGGAAGUUCAAUUUGCAAUUGCCAAUACUUCGAAGAUGGAAGCAGAGUUUAUUGGAGUCAUGGAGAUAAAGCUGAUAGAUGAAAGACAUUAUUCCAGAAAGAAGUGCGCUUCUGGUCCAAAGGAGAGGCUGAAGCAGCUCUACAUGCUUCCCAAGGUACUUUUGAGGCAUCGCGUGCACUUGGUCCGGAUGGGAGAUAUUGGCGACCACCCUUAUCCCGAUUUUGAAAUGACAACUUUAAAGCUACAACAUCAAUCAAUUUUCAAUCCGUCUCGUUUGCUUUUAUAG